AUGGAUCUUUCUCGCGAGACUUGUUAUAAAUCAAUGAUGAUAAGAAGAGAAAUAGAUCCACAACGGCGUAUUAGCUUUGUUGGAUUUGUUUUGAGAGCUGGACUAUUUGCCUCCAUUGCUUUUGUUUCAAGUGCGAAACCCUCUUUCGAGUUAGCAAAGCAGUUAACUUCGCAACUGGAAAAGAAACAAGUUUCCUGCUGGGACAAAUGCAAUGAGUCCUAUAGCACAAUGCCAGACCCAGUGAAAGCUGACCCACGUGAUGUAAGUGAGACAAACAUUGCGCUGCAUGCAGUUAUGGCCAAACUUGCGGAGCGCUUGAACUUUGAGUCGAAGACAUUGAUACAUGGACAGGAAGAUGUUCUUAAACUCUGCGAAUAUCAGGCACUCUUCGAGAUGGAUAUGGCAAUUUGCGAAGAUGCCCUUGAUUUACUUAUUGCGCUAGCCACCCAACAGAAAGAAUAUUUGAAAGCUUUGGUUUGUGCAAAGAAGUUGGAAAGGUCAUUGCCAUCCAAUAUCACUCAAGCUUUGACGAGCGCGGAGACAGAAGCUUCCAAAGCAAACGAUCUUCGAAAGAGGGUGAAGAAAGGCGACUUUUCAUUUCUUCCCAGUAACGACAUCAGAUGUAACCAGUCGUCUUCGCUGAAAUCGUCUGAGAUAAAGUCAUCUUCAAUCGCAGAUUUGACCACCACGGCGUAUGUUGCGAAUUCAACGGACGAUCCCAAUUUUGAGCAAACGAGGACGGCGAAAAUAUCACAGCCGACUGUAUGCUCUACCAAUAUGGCUGUGGGAUUUCGCAUCAGAGAACGUCCACAGUUUUCGUCUGAUGCUGCACGAAGGGUGUUAGGGGAGAUCAAUCACUUAGAAGAGAUGCAUAAAAGCAUAAGGAAGCCAUCUUCAAAGAGAACCCAAAUAAGUCUCGAGAAGUCAACGAAGCUUCACUCGCAUGGAUUUUCGGCUGAGCGACACGAUGCUGAAGAGAGGCCCAACGCAAAACACAUUUCGGCUUCUGGUGGUUGCUCUCUAGACGGUUCAAUCAUGGAUUUUGGCGAAAAUAGCGGACAGAAUGGACUUCGCGCAUACUCUCCAGUGCAGAACAUCCCUCCGCAGCCUAACUUUGACGAGACUGAUUUCGAUUACAUUUGCGAGCCGGGUGUUGCUCUUCCACAUAAUCGUGCAGUGAAGAAAGAAGCAGGAGACACGAAGUCAAGUGAAUCCGAAAGGUUGAUAAUAAGAAGUAAGGAGAAUGCCUCAUCGCAAUCACGGGAGGAAUGCAGCAAGGCAACAGUUGACAGUGGUCUCACUGAACAUGCAUCAUGGUCAUCUUCAUCCUACGUCCCUAGAGCCAGACCGAAGUUCACUUCGUCAGUCGGUAAGAGGUUCAAUCAAGAGUGA